GUUGCAUUUUAAUCAUACAAACAGAAAGUUCUCUCAAACUCAACUCAAGCAAAACGUAUUUUCUUCUCCCUCCCUUCCCUGCGCCGCUCGUUGUCUGCACUUCUACUGCCACAGUCUUUCUUUAUACCUUCCCGUUGCUUUCGUUCUUGGCCAUCGCCUCCGCAGCAGUCGUGCUCUUCAAGGGUACAAGUUCCAGGCUAUAAAUUUAUGAGGGACAUGACAUGUAUUGCUCCUUCACAUUUUCUAAGGCUUUAAUUUUUGGUACUUUAUCUGCAAGGAGGUCACUGAAUUCUUGCUUGAAUUACCCCUGGAAGAGUUCCCUUAGGUUGGUCAGAAUGGAAAAUAAAAAUACUAGUAAUGCUAACCUAAGGUUUGAGAACUGUGGGUCGAGAGGUGCCUUCAUAGUUCUAGAAGGCUUGGAUCGCAGUGGAAAGACUUCUCAAUCUAGCGCAAUGGUCUCUUACUUGGAGGGACUUGGGCAUCCAACUGAAUUAUGGCGGUUUCCUGAUAGAACUACUAGCAUUGGACAGAUGAUAUCUGCUUAUCUUUCAAAUCAAUCCCAGUUGGAUGAUCACACAAUUCAUCUAUUAUAUAGUGCAAAUCGGUGGGAAAAGAGCUCAUUGAUGGAAACCAAGCUGAAAAGUGGAACGUCUCUCAUUGUUGAUCGGUACUCUUAUUCUGGAGUUGCUUUCUCAUCUGCCAAAGGUCUUGAUUGUGAGUGGUGUAAGGCUCCUGAGAUUGGGUUGCUGGCUCCUGAUCUUGUACUUUACCUUGACAUAUCGCCUGAGAAAGCUGCAGAAAGAGGAGGCUAUGGAGGUGAAAGAUACGAGAAACUUGAAUUUCAGAGAAAAGUAGCACAAUGCUAUCAGACCCUCCAUGAUUCCUCCUGGAAG